CCAGAGCUAGUAUUUCACUGGAUUUGCCGCUUGAUGAAUUCUGGGCAGGCUCGAGGAGAGCUUGACAAGUAUACAAGUCCCCCUCCCACUGUCGUUAUCGCGUAUUAGGUGUGGUUUUUUUGAUUUAAAAAGUACCGAAUAUUAUCAGUGAAACGAUUCCCAAUAUUCAGCGAGGGUAAAAAAUAGGUACACAGAAUGGCCGGACGCCUUCCUGCGUGCGUUAUCGACGUCGGUACUGGGUAUACUAAACUGGGAUUCGCCGCUAACAAAGAACCUCAAUUUAUAAUACCGUCCGCUAUAGCGAUAAAGGAAACAGCCAAGGUAGGCGACAACUCUGCGAGGCGAGUCACCAAGGGUGUCGAAGACUUGGAUUUUUUCAUUGGCGAUGAAGCCUUUGACGCUACCGGAUAUGCAGUCAAGUACCCCGUCAGGCAUGGCUUGGUUGAAGACUGGGACCUGAUGGAGAGAUUCCUCGAGCAAUGCAUCUUUAAAUAUCUUAGAGCUGAGCCUGAAGACCACUACUUCCUCCUCACCGAGCCACCCCUUAACACACCAGAGAAUAGGGAAUACACCGCUGAGAUUAUGUUUGAAUCGUUCAAUGUACCUGGACUCUACAUAGCCGUACAAGCUGUUCUUGCCCUUGCCGCGUCCUGGACAUCAAGGAAUGUCGAGGACAGGAUACUAACGGGGAUUGUUGUGGACAGUGGUGAUGGGGUUACACAUGUUAUUCCUGUGGCCGAAGGAUACGUGAUUGGUAGCUGCAUCAAGCACAUUCCGAUAGCAGGUCGCAACAUUACCUACUUUAUCCAAAGCCUUUUGAGGGAGCGUGAGAUUGGCAUACCGCCAGAACAGUCGCUGGAAACAGCAAAAGCGAUAAAGGAAAAAUUUUGCUACAUUUGUCCUGACAUUGCCAAAGAAUUUGCUAAGUAUGACAGUGAUCCCACUAAGUGGCUUAAACGAUUCGAAGGAAUUAACAGCGUCACGAAACAGGCUUUUGGUGUCGAUGUUGGAUAUGAAAGAUUUCUAGGUCCUGAAAUAUUCUUUCAUCCUGAGUUCUCCAAUCCAGACUUCACGACACCUUUGAGCGAAAUAGUGGAUAAUGUGAUUCAGAACUGUCCCAUUGAUGUGAGGAGGCCAUUGUAUCAUAAUAUCGUACUCUCCGGAGGUUCAACGAUGUUCAGAGAUUUUGGUAGACGUUUGCAACGUGACAUAAAGAGAACUGUCGAUGCCAGACUAAAGCUCAGUGAAGCUCUUAGCGGUGGUCAUCUCAAGCCAAAGCCAAUUGACGUCCAAGUGAUAUCGCAUCACAUGCAGCGUUGUGCCGUCUGGUUUGGAGGAUCCAUGUUAGCAAGUACUCCUGAAUUCUAUCAGGUUUGUCAUACAAAAGCUGCUUACCAAGAGUACGGUCCUGGAAUAUGCCGUCAUAAUCCAGUAUUUGGUGCUAUGACAUAAUUGAACCGUAAUUAGCGGAUCAAUGUGAUAAUAACUGUCGAUUGAAAUACGCACGAACCAUAAAGCAAUUCAUUGAUUUC